UCCCUAGGUGAUUUCUCUGGUCAGCUUUUAGCUUAUUUGAGUCUUGGUCCAAUAUUCAUUAUUGUUGGCUUUGUAACGCUCAUCAUAUUCAAGAGAGAGCUUCACACGAUCUCUUUCUUGGGAGGGCUGGCUUUCAAUGAAGGAGUGAACUGGUUAAUAAAAAAUGUUAUCCGGGAGCCACGGCCCUGCGAAGAAGCCCAUUCAACAGUGACCACAAAAUAUGGGAUGCCGUCCAGCCACUCCCAGUUCAUGUGGUUUUUCUCUGUCUAUUCAUUUCUGUUCCUUUAUUUAAGAAUGCACCAAACAAACAAUGCAAGGUUUCUGGAUUUACUAUGGCGACAUGUGCUGUCCAUCUGCCUCGUGACAGCGGCUUUGCUAGUGUCAUAUAGUAGGGUUUAUUUGCUUUACCACACCUGGAGCCAAGUCUUAUAUGGAGGUGUGGCGGGAAGCAUCAUGGCCAUAGCCUGGUUUGCCUUCACACAAGAGAUAUUAACUCCUCUCUUCCCAAGGAUAGCUGCAUGGCCAAUUUCAGAAUUCUUUUUAAUCCGAGAUACCAGCCUCAUUCCUAACAUCCUGUGGUUUGAAUACACGGUCACGAGAGCAGAGGCAAGAAACAGACAGCGCAAGUUGGGUACAAAGCUCCAGUGACUCAGGAGGUGUGUGGACCAGAGUGCACGUUUUAACGGAGAAAGACGAGAGCAGAGACCUGGGAGCAGCAAGGAGCCUUUUAACAGACGGACCAAAGGAACAGGCAGGGACCAUACCCAAAACCUGAAAAGCCUUUGCUCUGCUUUAGCAGCUAGCUGGAUGCUCCCUGAUGCAUGUGGGACCGUGCAGGAGUGAAAACUCAUUUUCAACACAGAUGCACAUUGCCGGUUGGAAUGUACCAUCAUGUCUACGUCAGGGGAGGGGGGAGAAAAUGCCUGGUGUCUUGUUUAGGGGAGGGAAAACCAAAAGCUAAUAAUUUCUGUGACUUUUUUUUUCUCAGCAUGAAAUAUACACACUAUUUAUUUAUUUUUUUAAAUGGAACUAUUACUUUUGGGGUGGGUGAGGCAUUGACUGUGUGUUUUGUUUUGCUUUUUGUUUGGGAUUUUUUUCUUUUUGGAAGAAGAUGACAAAACUAAUCUCAAGCUGAUCAUGCUUAAUUAGGACUUUUAUUUUUUUAAAAAAUUCCUUGGAAGGGAGGGGAACUAGGAUGGGGGUGACUUAGGCAGAAGGGAGAAGAAGGUUUUCUUUCCUUUCUGCAGCCUUUUUGGGAGAUCAAAAUCAAUUCCAACUGCACUUUGUACGGAUAGGAAGAAAGUACUAAAGAUUUGCUUUUAACACUAGUGACGGUUCUGCAGGGAAGCCUGCACGGAUACCAUUAAGGGGAGUGUGUGCGUGUGUGUGUUAAACAGAGGAAAAACUGAAAUAUACUAAUUCUUUUCCACUGCUGCUCCUGUUGUGUAAUUAGCAAGAACGUCUUUCUCAGAAUCUUUUAGGUGACAAGACUACCAUAUGCCUCUCACGUUUACCCCAUCUCUUCCUUUAUCCUUUUAUUAUCUCAGGGUUGCUGUGAUCUGUACAGCUUCUGUUGUUGUACUUAAUGUGCUAUUGAUGGCACUAGAAAGACACUUGGUUUUAAGCAAUGUGAUGCUCCAAAAAGAGUCAGCCCAAAGCCUUACAAAAUUGAGUUGCUAUUCCCUGCCUUAGGCCCUGGAUUUUCUGGGUGGUGGUGGUGGUGGUGGUUGUUCUUGUUAAAUCUUCAAGGCUAGGGUGUUUUUUUGUGUUCUUGUUUUUUUUAUGAAUGAACAGGUGACAACUAAAAAAAACUAAUAACAAGGUGAGCAGCUGAGCAAGUUAUUAGUUGGUAUCUGAAUUAUUUCAUAAAAGUCUUGUUUGAAUCCAACAAUGAACUUGAGGCAGUGAGGUUGUCCUAGCAGAUGCUCCUACCACUUGUUAGGGUGUCUUGGUCUGGGUUCUGCAGUAGUAACCUUGACUGCUGAGCUCCUACAAGCUGGUUUUGCUCUUACUCUGUUAGAGUGGUACUCUUCCUUCUUCUGUUCUGAUUCUUCGCUUGCUGGUUGGCUCCCUGGAUGCCGUGUCUCUGGGAGUGUGCCCAACAUCUCUGCGUGCUGGUGACGCCUAGAAUUUCUGUGGUCCAUGAGUAAACCUGGCGAGGGCUACACUCAAAGUGCUUCAGGGCUAUGCACAGAUACUUUCUGUAUGUCUCUUAUAUAAUGCAGCAGUUCAAGUGUUACUACAGAGAAAUAUUUAUUCAAAGCACAAUUGACUUGAGCUUUCACAGAUAAAAGGACAGCUUCUGAACUGGCUCAAAGGUGUGCCUUUGAUACAGUCAUGUGAGCAGAGGUAAAAUGACUGUCUCACCUCAGUCUUGCUGCCUGUUUUGCUAAUCUCCGCUCCAAACAGAUUCUUGCAUGAUAAAGAUGCUUGGAGUUGGAUGUGUUUCUGUUCAUCUUGAUUUUGAUAUUUAAAGUUUCAUCUGUGCCUGUUGCCAUAGGAGUGUUUGUUCAUAUGGAGUGGGAGUUGGCUGCCGUAGAAACCAUUGGACAACCAGGGUGUUAACGUUUUACGUUUU